AUGAAGUCGUUUUCACGCAUUGCUUUGCCUAUCAUUGGCUUUGCUGCUUGGAGUGCUGCCCAGGCAUCUAGCGCCAUUUCGCCGACCUACGCUCCACAAAAUUCGACCAUCUUCCAGCUGUCUGCCGAUCCGGAAUUUGCCUUCCUUUUCGAGGCUACACUGUCGCUAGCCGAGAACGAAGGGUCAAACACCGGCGAAGUCCUCCGAGUCGCGACCAAAGUCAUCUCCGGCAACAUCAGCAGUUACUAUCCCGCCUACUACAACUUUGCAGAGAAGAUCCACGCCAUCGCCGAGGGCAUAGAUCCCGCUGUUGAUCCAGCUGGUGCUCGUGAAGCGUACUUCCACGCAUCUACAUACUACCGCGACUCGGUCUACCUGCUGGUCAACAACGCCAGUGAUCCUCGUCUCUACAGUGUUUGGGACCAGCAGCUGGCUGAUUUCGCCAAAGCCAUUUCUUUCCUUCCUGUUCCAGGGGAGCGUGUGAUCCUCAAGGCGCCAAACUCGAGCAUCGGUCCCUUUGACAUCCCAACCUACUACUACAAGGGCUCUGACUGCGAUGAUCGACUGCCGACGGUUAUUGUCGGAACUGGCUACGAUGGCCCACAAGAGGAGCUGUACCAUCUUCCUUGUGCCAACAUCCUCAAGCGCAGCAUUAACUGUCUUACGUACGAGGGUCCAGGGCAGCCAACUCCACGCCGUGCAGGCCACGCUUUCAUCACCGACUGGAACUCUGUCGUCACGCCCAUCGUCGACUACCUGCACACACGCAAAGACGUGGACACGACAAGGAUCGUGCUGCUGGGGGAUUCAUUUGGCGGCCUCCUUGCCCCGCUCGCAGCUGCAAAAGAGCAUCGCCUCUCAGCUAUGUUCCUCCUCGACGGCCUACCCAACUUCCGUCAAGCCGUCGCCGCCCAGUUCCCACCGCAGCUCACGGGUCUCUACAACGACAGCAAAGUCGACGAGUUCAACCAAGCCAUACUGCAAAACCUUAACAACCCAGAAUUCGGCACGGGCUUCUUCUACAUCUGGGCAUACACUUUCUGGGGACUGAAAAAUCCAGAGCCGUACAGUGCGUGGAAGCGUCUGGGCGAUUUUGUGUGGAACGAGACGACGGCGGCUGAGAUUGGAAACCUCCCCGUCUAUGUCGCGAAGGGACGGGUCAGACGACAACACGACUCUUUUCGAGCCGGAGCUGGCGAAGAAAACCUCACGUACCACGAGUUUCUGACGUCUCUGGGUGCCGGCGAGCACACAUCGAUUGGUGCGGAGGCUCAAAUCUACGCCAGCUUCUUCGCUUGGUUGAGCGAGAUCUGGGGCGGCUACAAGUUUGGCAACAGCCGCUGA